AUGUCGAAAAUCACAAACACUAAUCAAUCAAUUUGGCUUAAAAUGAAAUCUCCAUUUGGUCAAGAACAAUAUAUACCUAGAAUAAUUGAUAUAACAGCUGACAAUAUUCAACAAUAUAAACAAAAAUCGAGGUGUAUGAAAUUUUGUUUAUUCUUACUUUUACUUUUAUUAUUAUUAUUAUUAAUUGCUUCAAUUCUUCUUCCAAUAUUACUUAUUAAAUCGAAACAAAGAACAACAACACCAUCAACAACAACAAUAACAAUAAAAACAACGACGACAACAACAACAACAGCAAGUUAG